UCAACAUUUUUAUUUGUAUUUUAUAGUUACAUAUAAAUUACAUUAUUGUAAGUACUACUCUGUUAAAACAAUGUAUUACUGUGGUGCAGAAGACCAAGAAUUAAUCCAUAACAAAAACCUGGAGUCGUGUGCGCUAGAUAUUAAUGUUAAAAAUCAGUUAAACACAAAUGACAUGGACAUGACACCUAAUAAUACAACGCCUGAAACUAAACGAAAACCCUUUAAAAUUCCUGAUCACAUUUCUUCAAUUGAAUGUGAUGGAAGUGUUAAAUAUAAUUGUACUGUUUGCAAGAAGACUUUUAAUUCAAAAAAGAACUGUUUCUAUCAUUUAACAUGUAAUGGAGAUGGAAUUAAAAAACCGUUGAUUUGUUAUAAAUGUAAUAAAUCGUUUAAAAUACAAUCACAUUUAGAUUAUCAUAUGUUAACACAUUCAGGUGAAAGACCAUUUAAAUGUAUUGAAUGUGAUAAAUGUUUUUUCACCAAAUCUAAAAUGAUUGAACAUAAAAUAGUACAUACAGUACGUUCUCAUUUUUGUGCAAUAUGCACUAAAGGCUUCAAAAGAAAACGGUCAUUAGAAGUACAUAUGAAAUCUCAUGCUCUAGAAAAACCAUUUCAAUGUGCAACAUGUUUAAAAUUUUUCAAAAAUAAACAAUGUCUAAAAAAACAUCACAUUAGAAAACAUUCUGGAACUAAAGCAUUUUCAUGCGACAUCUGUAAACGUAAAUUUAGUUUGAAAGAUGCGUUGGUUUCACAUCAAAAGACACAUAUAUUCUCGACUCAAUUUGCUUGUUAUUUAUGUAAUCAACGUUUUAGAGAAAAACGUUAUUUACAGAGACAUCUUGGAACUCAUAGUAAAAAAAACAUUUUGAACUGCCCAAUAUGUAUGAAAAAGUUCACACGUAAAGAUAACUUAGAUCGUCAUGUAAGAAACACUCACUUGGAAUCUGAGAACAUUAAUAUAAAUGAACAUGUUAUUCGUGCUUCUGUAAUUAAAGUUGUCAAUAAGGUUGAAUCAUGUCCUGUUCGAGUAAUUCAACAUACUUAAAUGGUUAUUUUGUGUAAAGUAUUUAUAGAUAUUAUAUAUAUAUUAUAAUUUAUAUUAGUUGUAUA